UUUUCUCAGCCAAUAGGGGAGAUACCGGCCGGGGUUCUGGUAUCGCGAGAUUGGACUAUUAUUAGCUAGAAAGGCUAGCUUGGCUAAAAGGUAUAUAUUGGUUAACCGUAAUAUAUAUAUUUAAAUCAUUAUAAAACUAAUCUUAUGAAUAACUUUAUGUUUUGUUGCGUGCGCCUGUAAGGGUAUUCGUUGGACUGUUUUACACGGUUUUCAAGGAUGAGUUAUGCCGAAAAGCCAGAGGACAUCACGAAGGAGGAGUGGAUGGACAAGCUGAAUAAUGUGCACAUUCAGAGAGCAGAUAUGAAUCGACUUAUAAUGAAUUACCUUGUAACAGAGGGAUUUAAGGAGGCUGCAGAGAAGUUUCGCUUGGAGUCUGGAAUUGAACCCAGUGUAGACCUGGACUCCCUGGAUGAGAGGAUAAAGAUCAGGGAGAUGAUCCUGAAGGGGCAGAUACAGGAAGCCAUCGCUCUCAUCAAUAGCUUACAUCCAGAGUUGCUAGACACCAACCGUUACUUGUAUUUCCAUCUGCAGCAGCAGCACCUGAUUGAGUUAAUCCGUCUGAGGGAGACUGAGUCAGCGCUGGAGUUUGCCCAGACACAGUUGGCCGAGCAGGGGGAGGAGAGUCGAGAGUGUCUGACAGAGAUGGAGAGAACGCUGGCCCUCCUGGCCUUUGACAACCCAGAAGAUUCUCCAUUUGGAGACCUGCUGAACAUGAUGCAGCGCCAAAAGGUGUGGAGUGAAGUGAAUCAAGCUGUGCUGGACUAUGAAAACAGGGAGUCGACCCCCAAGCUGGCUAAACUGCUUAAAUUGCUGCUCUGGGCUCAAAACGAGUUGGAUCAGAAGAAAGUCAAGUACCCCAAGAUGACUGACCUUAGCAAGGGCACCAUUGAGGAUCCUAAGUGAAAAAUUCAACAACAGCCACUCUUUCUAUACCCCUAAUUUAUAAACAGUCAGUGACUGUGUGUUGACCAGGUAACUCAUAAUGUAAUGCAUAAAGAGAAGGAAUUCUUUAUGAUCGUUGUAUUUAUAACAGGGAAGUUCCUUGGGCAAACUGUCAACAAUAUUUAAUUCUAUGUCCUUUCUUGAUUCCUAAAGAGAUCAUUUUGAAUCAUUCUUUAUCACCACUUCAACUUAUACACACAGGCUUACAUAGUAUUAUUCAUAUAUUAUAAAGCACCAUUUAUGAUAUAAAUGUGUCUGAAAUGGCAUCCAAUUCCUUUUAUAAAUACUUUCGCCCAACAAGGCUUCAGAUUUGUUACAGUAUGGAAGUUGGAUUUCAAAUGGAAAUAAUUAUACUGUGUGGUUUGAUCAAUUCUUAAUUAUUAUGAUGCUGAAUGGAAGAUUUGUAAGACUUGCUUUUUGACAUGUAUAAGUGUGCUUUAUACACACAAUAUUCAGCCCCACCCUAUGAUUAUGGUUGGUUGUAACGUUGGGUAUUGGGUUUGGAAAACUAGUACAUCAGACUGGCAUUGGAAUUAUUUCAGCUGCAAUGUUUAUUUUCAGUAAUUGUAUUUACCAUUUGUUAUUCGCAGUAACUUUAACAAAAUGCUUGUGUGUGUGUUCACACACACACACACACUGGAAACUAGUUCUUUUUUGUUUUAUUUUGAACGUUUAUUCUUGCUGCUGGUAUGUUUGAGCCUCGUUGUAGAUAUUGUUUACAAAUGGUGUUCCCCAUAAAGUUCACAUCCCUUUUAUUAUUCAACAUUUUUAAGAGAUUUCCAAAUAUUAAAAUAAACCAACAAAACUUGCAAAUCA